AAACACGAUGGCCGGGCUGAGCGGCCUCGUCGCCGACUACGGCUCCUCUUCGGACGGGGAACAAGAUGAAGAUAACCUCGCCGAGGAACUACGGAAUAGGGUGGAGGAAAAGAAAAGCACCAACUUCUUUGAGUCCCCACCAGAUGAAACCAACAAUGCCAGAAAGUCAAAGAAAAAACCUGACUUAGAGGAAGCUUCUUUGGCCAAGCCAGAGAUUCUGGAGAAUCCUCUUCGAGGCAAUGCCAUUCCAUCUCCAUUCGCGGAAAACACCUCGGCCUCUGUCUUCUUCAACCCCUUCCACAAAGCACAGGAGGACAAGAAGCUCGUCCUGGAGAAACACGUCAAGAUGACAGAUAACCCUAAGGACGUGAUGGAGAUCAACGGCAAGAAAAUCUGCUGGAACUACCGGAAGGGCCGCUGUAAGUUUGGCCACAAAUGCAAGUUUGCACACGACUCUGACAUCAGCCAACCUCUGGACCCCAAAGAAGCUCAGACCUCUAGUACAAAUCCUUCAUCUCUCUCCCAAACCACCCCUGGAACGCAGGUCUUGGUGGAGGAACCUGCAUCGGAUGACACAUUAUCGAAAAAGAAGAAACGCCCCGGUCUGUCGGAUGGGCUUGUUCCUGGGAAAAAAGUUCAAAAAUUGUAUCGCUCACAACAAGCUAAAGAAUCACCGUGGCUGCUUAAGAGAUAGGGAGAUCUAAUGCAUUUUCAAUUGCCUUCUUCAUUUUUGUAUUGUUGAAUUUUUAUUAAAUAGUUGCAUAGUGCAUUGGCAGUAAGUUUCAUAAGGAAUUGAAUAGAGAAAUACAAAUAAAAGUAUUUUUAUAACAUUUUGGUAAAUAGUGAUUUUGAUUAUGAAUAGUUCAGGCAAUAGAAAUGCUGUAUUAGAAUAACUUUUAUGUAUGUAAUUGUUAGAAUGUAUCCAAAUUACUGAAAUUUAACUAAAUUUCCAAAUAUAUGCAUAUGAAACUUUUAAAUUCCAAAGCACUCAUAUGUUGUACAUUACUUAUUUCAAGUACUUUGAAAGCACUUCCUUAUUUUUGAUAUUUGAUAAUAUCAGGUGUGUUGCUCAUAAAAAUUAUAUGCUGGGCAUCUAAGAAAAAAAUAGGUAGAUAAACUGUUAGUAAAUGCAAGAUAUGUGUAAAUUAUUAAGUCAUUGUUUGUUAGUUAUGAUUAUGCUAAGAAACAUCUAAUUAUUUGGCUUCAUGAUAAGAGCCAGAGGCAAUAGAAGCAGCAAUAAAAUUAUGUCUUCUUUUGCUUGUUUGAAAAAUUUGGACUUGCUCAGAGGCCAUAAUUUUCUGUGUACCUAAAAUAUUCACUAAUGUGAUAAAGUCAUUGUUAGUUAUAAAGACGCAUAGAAACUCAUCUAUGUAAUACUGCAUGAAUCUUGUAUGAGUGCAUGCAUGUCCGUCCUUUUUGGGCAGUUGAUCUGAAAACACCUUUGGAUGUACAUACCAUCAUAUUUGCAAUAUAUAAUUUCCUGCUGCCAGUUUUAAAGUGAUAAUUAUUAUCUUAAUUCUUCAGAAUUUUAUACAGUUCACAAUGUGUAUGGAAGUAUUUUUUUCUUAUAUACAAGUAAUAACAUGGUAAUGCUCUCCUUUACUCUUGUAAUUAAAAACACAUUCAAUGUAAUCUUGAAGCUGGUAUGUCCUUCGUCAGGCUUCUGCUUAGGAUUGAAACAUAUAAUCCAUGAAGAACAUAUAUGAAUGGUAGAAUAAAAGAUUAAUAAUAUUUUUAACAAUCAACAGUCUGUGUUCCUAAGCAGAAGUAUGUGCUCAAAGAUUACAAAUAUGCAAUAGGUUCUGCAUGUGUCAUAGUUGGAUGUAUUAUUUUAGAUAUUCUGAAGCAUAUUCUAAAUCAUAAAUACAGUUUGUGUUUGUGUGGACAUGUAAAAAGCCUUUGAGAUAUACACAUGAACAUAGAUUGCACAUGGUUAUUAGGUUACUUUGAGUGAAUGGUAAUUUUGUCCACAAUUUUUUUCUGAUCACAUAUGAAGGAUAAAAAAGAUAUAGUGCCAUAAAUUGAUGAAUAAUGUAUAGUUGGAAGUGAGUAUUUUGAGGUAUAACUUUUUACUUUUUUUAUGGCAUUGGUCUUGCACAGAUCAUUUUCAUUGAUCAUUCAUUGUAUCAACUACCACCUAACAGUCACAUUAAUAUGGAUCAGUUUUCAAACUGUGCAUAUAAUUAUCUUCUUUUGUAUCUAGCCUUCACUCAAUGUUUCAGUCCAAUAGCACAGCCAGCAGUCACAGAAUACUAGAAAGUGAAUGGUAUUGAUUGUUGAAUAUAUUGCUUUCUUGUCUGUGAUAGUGAAACUGACUUAGCAAACUGAUAGAAGAAAUAAUACACUUUCUGCCAAAUAUAACAGAGGUGCUUAUGGGCCUCAUGUAAGCUCUGUUUCUCAUAUUAUAACAAAACUGUAUAUAUUUUGUUUUUUUCCUGUUUGUCAUGGUAUGUUUUUUCUUUAUUUCUUGCAUUCUUUAUCAUCCAUCCACCCUUUUCUCUCUCCUCGAAAUACCAGAUUUCCAAACAUAAUCUGAUUUUGCAUUUUACAGUAUUUUCUAUACAUAACGGAUUGUCAUACUAAAAUUUCAAGUUUCUUGAGAGAUGUGAGCCAGAAGACAAAUAUAGAAUAACUUUUGCAAAAAAGAGAAGAAGAAGACACAGAAGAUAUAUGCAAUGAUUUUUCUCUAUUUAUUAUGAUUUAGGUUGAUUUUGCAUUUGUUAAAACAAUAUUGUUUUUGUGUAUUCAUAGAAGUUGUAUUAUGCAUAACCCAGCGAGAAAUCAAACUCAUGGGCAUAGCUUCCACAGUGUGUAGUUUCAGAAGAAUGCAGCAUUUCAUUCAUCUUGUUUUGUUUUAGGCAUACAAAGCAUGUUACCAAUUUCUUACUGAAUUCUCUUUGCAGUAUUGUAAGAAAAAAAUGUAUGUGUUCCCUUCAGUUCCUGAGACAUGGAUAUAGAUCUUUUGCAUCACAUCAUGUAACUAAAUAAAGAGAUACCUGGAUUAAUGCUGGUAAUUUUAUCAUGUAUUGGAAUAUGGACAUUGUUGAAUAAGAUAUGUUCAACUGAUUAGAAUUCUCAGGUACAAUGCAGUUCUAUAGUUUGCUCAGCUAUUGAUUGUUUGUAUUGGCAGAUUGAUUAACAGCAAUAAAACGGGCAUGAUUUUUUUAUUUGAAACAAAAAUAUAUGAAAUAAUUUUUACCAGUAUUAUUUGUGAUAUUUAAUUCAACAGUGAUGUGAUUAAAUGCUAAACAGUUGCAAAAACAAA